GUAAACCCCACUGGACGUAGGAAAUAGGCUGAAAGAUGAGUCAUCAGAUCAUAGAACUUUUUUGAUCGCUUAGGAGUCCAGGUUCUAGUGCUCCUUACAACAAGUUCUGUGUCUUUGUGUGUCGGCCUUGGACUCACAUAAGUUUUCCAACAUAACAUAAGUUCCAGAUGUGUGAGCUCAUAAUGUAAAGUUUUUGUUGAGACUGGGUUACAGAGGUGCUGAAUUAAUUCUGAGGUAAUUUUUUUGAGGCUGUGCAUUAAGCACUGAUUCAUUCCUGUUAAGUGAUUCCUUUUAAGUGUUCAUCUAUCCCUGUCCAAAAGCUUUGACUUGCGAAUAUUGUUCCUCAUUGCCUCUGCAAUUUUUCUAUGUUCUGCGUAUGCUGGCAUGAUUUUUGAGACUGUUCCCCUUACUUGACACAACAAUUAAGCAGUUUUUGUGACCAAUGCACCUGCAAUUUGAGCAACUACUUAGUCUCUUUAGAACUCUGUUGGUUGCCUGAUGUUGCUUUGAAAUCUUAAACAUCAAAGUGCCAAUUUUCAGAAUUGUAGAAUGCAUAGCAGCAUAAUAAAAUAAUUUAUAUCGGACUAUAAGUUAUAGGUACAUAUACAAUUAUACAAUUAUAAGUUAUAGGCACGUAUACUGAGAGAACAGGCUAGGCUAUUUAACCUGAAUUCAGUAAUGCAGUCACAUUGAUGCCAGCAGUGUGUAAAUUACCUGACGAUUAAUAUCAAUUCAUUAUUAACAGCCUUUAAGCCAAUCUCUGAAAUUGGGGAGGUGGGAUGUCUUCUCUUCUCCACCAAUGGCCUCCAUCCCCUUUCCUUCGCUCUCUGUUUUACUGACUCUCAGCGAAUCUUCAAAGCACGCAGACCCUGUAAUUAAGGGGCGGGCUCUCUGUCUCUCCAAAGACGUCUGUGCGCGCCUGCCGUAGUUCUUCCAAACUGUCCCGUGAACACGAGCAGAGAAGAGAACCGUCGAUCCGACUUCCCUCUCGACUCUUGGGAUUUUGUUUCUCAGGGAUGGCCGCAUCUAUUCUGGAGGUAUGGAACAUACUUGAGGAAGCUCGUUACGGGUCCAGUCCUCUUGCUAUGCUAACCGCUACCUGCAACAAGUUUGGUAACACUAGCCCCGUAAGGGAUUCAGCCACGCCAGGCAAGGCCGGUCCAGGCAGCACCGUUCCUGGCAAGAAGCAGUACGCCAUGACCUCGGAACUCCAGGGACAGAAGAAUGGCAGAGGAGGUGGGGAGAACAUGGAGAACACCUACACCGGGUCUUUCGGCUCCGGAGGUGGGCUGCUCACGCCCACUGGGAGCCCACCGCCAUCUUCCGGCGGGUACACUUCUGAGUACAACCCCUUCUCCCACUCCUUCCAGACCUCCGUGUCCCAAGGCCAGGACCAGUCCCUGCUGGUGUCCAAAGCCCAUGCCACGGCCGACUGCCUGACCAGCGUCUACACAUCCCUGGACAUGACCCAUCCCUAUGGCUCCUGGUACAAGGCUGGCAUCCACCCUGGCAUCACCACUGCUCCCUCCAAUGCCACGUCGUCCUGGUGGGAUGUCCACCCAAACUCCAACUGGCUGAGUGCUGCCCAGCCUCAGUCGGAUGGUCUCCAGGGCUCCCUCCAGCCCGUCCCACCCCAGGCCUCUCUCAGCCCUCAGCUGCCCAGCUAUACCUCCGACUUCACCUCCUUGAACCCAGCUCAGUAUCCAUCCGUGGGCCUGGGCUCUUCAACGCACCUACUCCAGUCCUCCCAGCACAUGCUGCCUCAGGACAUGUACAAGCCGAAGCCGGUGUCCGGCGCGGGGCUCAUGGAGAGUCCAAUGGGCCUGAAGCCCACCGGUGGGUCUCGAGGGUACGGAGGAAGCACUCCUGGAAGGUCAUCCUGUGACUGUCCCAACUGCCAGGAGUUGGAGCGGCUGGGGGCUUCGGCUGCUUCCCUGAGGAAGAAGCCGGUCCACAGCUGUCAUAUCCCGGGCUGUGGUAAGGUCUAUGGGAAGGCGUCGCACCUCAAGGCCCACCUCCGCUGGCACACUGGUGAGAGGCCCUUUGUAUGCAACUGGCUGUUCUGCGGGAAGCGCUUCACUCGCUCCGACGAACUGGAGAGGCAUGUGCGCACACACACGCGGGAGAAGAAGUUCACCUGCCUGUUAUGCAACAAGAGGUUCACCCGCAGUGACCACCUCAGCAAGCACCAGAAGACGCACGCCGAGUCUGCCCUGCAGCAGGGAAAGAGUGCCGAGGGCGAAGCCCAGGACGCCAGGAACGAGGAGACUGCCGACCCCAAUAACCGCAACACAGCUGGCCAAAAUAACGGAGGAGUCUCUGUCGACCUUGCCAACACCGCAGAGGAGAAAACCGGCUCAGGCAACGGAGUGGAGUCAAGCAGCGGACUGUUGAAGAUUUAGCUUCAUGGCAUGCGUUGUCUUGUAGGGUUCUUUGAGGCCCCCGUUGAAGUGGUUCAGUGUUUUACUAUGUAUCCCAAAAGAAAGCAUUCAUUUUGUCAAAGGACCCAUUUCAUAUAGAUAAAACUAACCGGACAGGUCGGUUGGAAAUGUAAAAUCUGUCCAACAUGCACACACACACACACACACACUCACACUCUUUCUUUUAAUUAUGACAAACCACUGGUGAAAUUCAAUCUGCAAGAGCAGAAGUAAAAGGACUAGGAAGCCCAAAACAAAAUGAGUGUAGUUAAUGUAAGGGAGUUUAAGGGAUAUUGCGCCUCCUGAACGUUUUUUUAUUGUACUUUAGACAAAUAGUUUAAUCAGAUACUGCUAAUGUUUUGUUUUUGGGUUUGCAAAUGUAUGCUUCGACGUUUUAUUUAAUUUUAUAUUUACACAAAUAAUCUAAUUUAUGUCUUAAAUUAUAAGCAAUAAAGAUUAUCUUGCAUUUUUCAGGCAGUUUUUAUUUCCUAAUAAAUGGCUAGAUAGUUUAAGCUAGCCAUUGGUGAUAAUUUAGUAAAUUAAGAUUUUUUGUUUCCUUUUAUUUAUUGAUUAUAAUUCAGAUAAUGUUGGUGCUACCGUGUUUGAAGAUGUAUUUAUAGAUCUUGAAGUUAGUUGUUUCUGAAAACUACUAUCAACUUAACCUUUCUAUUUUGAAGUCUGCACAAACUGCCAAGUUAAUAGUUGAUGAAGGCUUUGAGUGUAUAUAUUGUGCUUGGCUGAUUCUAGAGCUGUAAUGUACGGUGUGUUAUUUUUCUACCACUAUCUGUUUUGUUGAUAAACCUCUUUAGAACUAACUCUCAUGAAAAUGACAAAACAAUAAUAUCUCUCAGAAGGUAAAGUAAGAUAGCGAUCAGGUAUAUGUUCAUGUGCAAAGUUUAUCACUUCAAUGAUUUGAGAUAUUUUGAAGAAUACAUUUUUUGUGUCAUUAAAAAUACGUUCUGACUGUAAUGAUGUAGGAUCUUAGUUUGAGACAUUUUGCAACUGCAGGAAAAUAAUCCUGCAUUAACAAGAAAUUUGAACUCUUUAAAUAUACAAUUAAUUGCAAUUAUUCAGCAACAGGUUUAUCGAAUCAAGGUCCUUCAUCUGAUCAUGUGAAAUGAGCAUAGUAAUGAAAUAAUGUAUUUAGCAAUUCAGCAUGAACUCGGUAGAUGAAUAUGAAUGAGUGACAUGUUUUGAAAGUCAUAAUAUGGAUUGUUGCUUUAGUA